GAUUCGAUUGUACUUAUUGUUGUUAUUUAUAUUUAGUCGAUAGCCAAUAUUAUACAACUACUUUCACCGGGGAAGUUGUCGCACGCCGAGGGGAAAAAUACUUUUAGGUAUACUUUUGGCGUACUGUGAAGGGAGUCAAUCAGCAUCUGUAGGGAGAGUUGUUUUGGUUCGUCUCAUUUUAAAAAAAGUUCUGUUUUGGUACGGAUUCGUGAUAUUUUUCCUGCAACCUCUGUCCAUUUGUUGUUAGCAAGUCACACUUUGUGCAGAAUCUUGAGAUCACAGGUUCUUAAGAUGGCCAGUGAAGAACACAGAGCUGGGGAACAAUCCCGUGCGUCGCAAAAUUUGGAAAACAAGGAUAACGAGGAAGAAGAUGAAGUCUUCAUUGAUCAAGAUGAUGUAUUGGAGGAGAUUGACAUUGACGAGGAAGAUCUUCCAGAUGCUGAUGAGGAAGGUGAUAAUGGGCGAGAACAGAAUGAAGAAGAUUACUUGGAUGAUGCUGUACACACUUUCCAUGGUCAUACAGAUGCUUUAUAUGCUGUAGCUUGUAGUCCAGUAGAUGCAACAUGGGUUGCCACAGGUGGUGGCGAUGACAAAACCUUUUUGUGGAGGAUAGGUCUCAAGGGAUCACCUUUUGAGCUAAAAGGACACAGUGAUUCUGUUGCAGCAUUGGCUUUCAGCAAUGAUGGACAUUUACUUGCAACUGGUGGUUUGGAUGGAGUAGUUCAUGUUUGGGAUGCAUCCAAUGGGAAUCUCAUGCAUGUGCUUGAUGGACCUGGAGGAGGGAUUGAGUGGGUCAGAUGGCACCCAAAGGGGCAUCUGGUCUUGGCAGGUUCAGAAGAUUACACAACAUGGAUGUGGAAUGCUGACCUUGGAAAGUGCCUCUCUGUCUUCACUGGUCACAGUGAAUCUGUAACCUGUGGUGAUUUUACAUCUGAUGGAAAAACUAUCUGUACUGGUUCUGCUGAUGGAAGUUUGCGUGUAUGGAACCCACAAACACAGGAAACUAAACUUACUAUAAAAGGACAUCCUUAUCACACAGAGGGACUUACAUGCUUAAACAUUAGUGCUGAUUCCACAUUGGUUGUUAGUGGCUCAACUGAUAAGAAUGCUCAUGUGGUUAAUAUCAAAACUGGAAAGGUCGUUGGUUCCUUGGUUGGCCAUUCUGGAUCAGUGGAAUGUGUUGGGUUUUCCCCUAGCUUGACAUGGGUUUCAACAGGUGGGAUGGAUGGAAAGCUUAUGAUUUGGGAACUACAAAGCUUUUCUCUUCGGUGUACUUGUCAACAUGAGGAAGGUGUUAUAAGGUUCUUGUGGUCACAUUCAUCUCAGCACAUCAUUACUGGCUGCCUUGAUGGAAAUGUCCGUCUUUGGGAUAGCAGGUCAGGAAUUUGUGAAAGAAUUUUCCACGGUCACAGUGAUUCAAUACGGGAUAUGGCAAUCACAAUGGAUAGACAAUUUAUCGUCACAGGAGGAGAUGACAACACUGCUAAAGUUUUUAACAUUGGAGCAUUUUGAUCUAAUCGAUUUGAUCCAUGUAGACUAGUAUCUGCCUGGAUGUUUAAAGCUUGUAAUUUAUUGCCAUCGUUAUCUUUUUUGGUUAUUCAGAUUCUAGAAGAGUACAAAUGUGGUGGUUGGUAUUUGAAUUUAUUAACUUUGCACAGAAUAAUGGAGGUAGCUACUUACUGAAGCUAGCAAAAAUUCAAGGCUUGAAGGAGAGAAACUGGUGUAUUUUUUUUUGUAAAUUAGAUAUUUCUAUAUUCUCCUGUCAAAUAAUUGCCAGAUUACCACUAUCUAUUGAUUAGGAUACGUAUCCCAUUAUCUAUUCAUGAGUUGGAUAUAUAACUUUGAUCAUUUGAAGUA